AAAGCGAAGAAGCAGUAGGCGUUAAGCACAAGGCUGCCUGCGUGGCCUGCGCGCAUCAGAGUCUCCUCCUCCUCCUCCCGUCCCGACCCACCUCGCCUCUACUCUACUCUACUCGCCACCGAGACCGAAUCCAGUCCACCGCGUGGAGCUGCUGUACGACGCGCAGCUCGUGCGGUGCAGGCGGAGCUAGCGGACAGGCAUCAAUAAACAAAUCCGGGCGGGCGGAGGCGUCCGCGCCGUGAGAGGAGAGAGGGGAAGCGAUCGUGGUGAGGGGGGCGAUGCGGGCGAGAGAGAUGCACCCGCUCUGCUGCCUCGCCGGCGCCGCCGAAUACUGCCCCGGCGGCGGCGCCGGGGACCGCUCCCCGCCGCCGCCGCCCGCCCCGGCCUUGGAUGGGGCGCCCGCGGCGGUUGCGGGGGUGCUGUACAAGUGGACCAACAUCGGCAGCGGCUGGCGCCCGCGCUGGUUCGCGAUCCGCGGGGGCGUGCUCGCCUACUCGAAGAUCCGCCGCCGCGUCGCCGCGGAGGAGACGCCGCCGCCGCCGCGCCACGAGGCCGCCGGCGUGAGGCUGAUCGGUGGCGCGGCCCGCGCUGCCGGGGAGCAGCCCGUCGGAUUCGUCCAUCUCAAGAUCUCAUCAUUUAGCGAAAGUAAAUCAGAUGACAAGCGAUUUUAUAUUAUUACUCCAACCAAGACACUUCAGCUGAGGACUGGCUGUGCUAAAGAUCGUGUGGCUUGGAUUGAAGCACUUGUUUCUGCCAGAAGUGAAUAUUCUCUUUGUGGGGUUUUACCAUGUGACCAGAAUGAUGGAUCAUUUUCUACAGAAAAGCUCAGGGACCGCUUGCAUGCGGAAGGUGUUGGUGCAUCAAUUGUUAAAGACUGUGAGCAGAUUGUUCAUUCAGAAUUUUCACAGUAUCACACACAGAUGAAGCAACGCUGUGAAUCAUACUUAAGCUUUAUUGGCAGCCUUCCACGGGAACUUGAGGUAGUUAAUUCAGGAGAUGCAACUAUUGUUGACAAUCUAGAGCUGCAAUUGUUCAAGCCUGAUUGUUCCAGCUCUGGAAAAUGUAGUGAAUACAGCAAUACAGAAUCUUCUGAUGAUGCUGUCAAACAAGAAAUAUGUCAGGUGUCAGAUGAAGACGAGUUUCAUUUCUAUGACACAAGACAAAGUUUCAGCGAUUGCACUGCUAGUCCUGAUUUUAAAACAAGACACUUAGAUCAUGGGAAUGAAGCUCACAAAUUUGCCAACUUACUAGCUGCUGAUAGGACCAAUGAAUAUUCAUUGUCGUCUUCGAAGAGGCGCUCCAAGUUGCCUGAACCAGUAGAAAAGGAGAAAAGUGUUAGCCUUUGGUCAAUGAUCAAAGAUAAUGUUGGCAAGGAUCUUACAAGAGUCUGUCUCCCUGUUUACUUUAAUGAACCAUUAUCGUCUCUUCAAAAAUGCUUUGAAGAUCUGGAGUAUUCAUACUUAUUGGACCGUGCAUAUGAAUGUGGUGUAAGGGGGAACGGUCUGAUGAGAAUUCUUUAUGUUGCUGCCUUUGCGGUCUCCGGAUAUGCCUCCACAGAUAGCCGUCCUUGCAAGCCUUUCAAUCCAUUAUUAGGGGAAACCUAUGAAGCUGAUUACCCUGAAAAGGGAAUACGUUUCUUCUCUGAAAAGGUUAGUCAUCAUCCGAUGGCCAUGGCAUGCCAUUGCGAAGGGAAAGGUUGGAAAUUUUGGGGAGACAGCAAUCUGAAGAGUAAAUUCUGGGGACAGUCCAUUCAACUGGAUCCUAGCGGCGUUUUAACUCUAGAGUUUGAUGAUGGAGAAACUUUCCAGUGGAGCAAGGUUACAACAACCAUUAAUAACCUUAUCAUUGGACGAGUCUAUUGCCAUCACCAUGGCACGAUGAACAUUCGUGGAAACAGACAAUAUUCAUGCAAGCUGAUGUUUAAAGAGCAGUCUUUCCUCGAACGCAAUCCUCGCCAGGUUCAAGGCUUUGUUAAAUAUUCCGAUGGGACCAAGGUUGCAUCCUUGAUGGGCAAGUGGGACGAGAGCAUGUAUUGCAUUAUUAGUGAUGAUGCUUCGAAAGUGAGCUCUCAUGUUUCACAUCAGAGUGCUGGUACUACUUUGUUGUGGGAGAAAAAUGAGCCUCCAGACAACCCAACUCGAUAUAAUUUAUCAUCAUUUGCGAUCACUUUAAAUGAGCUGACACCAGGGCUCAAGGAGAAGCUUCCACCAACAGAUUCAAGACUCAGACCUGACCAACGACAUCUAGAGAAUGGAGAGUACGAGAAGGCCAACGCUGAGAAACUGCGGUUGGAGACAAGGCAACGAAUGGCAAGGAACAUGCAGGAGAGUGGCUGGAGGCCAAGAUGGUUCCAGAGAGACGCAGAAGAUGGAACAUACCGCUACGUCGGAGGUUACUGGGAGGCCAGGGAGCAGAGAAGGUGGGUUGGCUGCAAUGACAUAUUUGGCAAUUUCACUGACACUCCAAAGCUACACACCGGUGCAACUGUCUAAGGGAGUCCUGGUCUGCUGGAGCACUAGGCGUUGACAUUACACUGAUUUUUGAAGGUACAUAAUUGAUCUGUUCCUCUCACACUGUAGUAUCCUACAAAGAAGAGCUAAGAUGCUCUUCUUGUCGUCUUAUAUACACAAUAGCUGUGACAUUAAGCCGAACGAAAACCAUAUUUCGAUAUGGUUUUCUUUUACUGAGUCCGAGCCUUGCUAACAUUGUUGCUAAAUAUGUCAAUAAUAGCAUUCGACCCCUUGUAUUUGAUGAGGAUGGCAUGUUUGAUGCUGGCAAAGCCUGCCCCUAUGAUUGUACUCUGGUGGACAGUGGACGCCUCAUAAUCCUGGACAAAGUCCUGUUGCCCCUUG